AUGAAAGUGAGGCAUCCAUGGUUUCGUCUAACCCGUGGAGAGUUUAAGGUAUUAGUGCCGGAAAUACCAUUGUCUACCCAGGUUAUCACUAUGUGUGUUGACUUGUUAACGGUGCCGGAGUUGGAAAAUGAAAAACUUGUGAAUUGGUUCUUACCACCUGCAUUUGCUGUAGCAUGUGCAACCGGAGAUCGCGUUUUUGCUUACCCUAAGAAAAGAAUUAAAAUAGUGUACUGCUCCAGGGACUUCAAUGAUGGUGAGAAGAUUUUUGUCCCCGUGCUGUUGGAGGCGAUUGAAAUAUGGGAAUCACUUCCAAAUUGUGUCGAUCCAAUUCAGAGGGGAGAAAAAGUGUCACUGAUUGCGAAGGAACUGGACUCGAUCUUUUUUGAAGCAGUCAUGAGGAGAUUCGAGGCCAAGAUGUUUUGCACUUUCACCAUCGUAGAGGUGGUCAAUGCUCCGCGGCAAGAGAAUGGGUUCGACUGUAGGUUGUUUGUGUUGAAGUUGAUGACAUGUGGCGGCCAUUUGGAUGAGUGUGCCCGGGGACUGAAGAAGAAGUUUGACAGUGAAGAAGAGAGGCUAGGUCUAGCUAUGUACUUGUUGAACAAUAUGGAGAAUACGGAGCGUGAUGCUCUCCAUCAGAAGGUACUUAUGGAAGGUGUAACAUCCCAUUUUGGCUAA